CGAACAUACUGUGAACUGGGGGGGGGGGGGGGUCGCAGUUUUGUGGAUCUUCCAAACAGUUUUGCAAAAUACCUUGAAUCACCUGGUUACAAAUCAUGUUUCUGUCGCACGAGAGCACAGCCACUUCCCAGAUAAUCCGGUGUCAGGCGCAGGCGCGGUGUGACCGUUGGUGUUUUUGGCGCACACUUUAGCGCCUUUCCGCAGUCGCGCCCCGGGCCGAUGCCUCGCUCAGCUCCAUCCACCUCCACGGACGCGCCGGCGGUGCUGAACCUUGAGCGGGUGCAGGUGCUGGAAACCUGGCUGCAAAUGACCAAUAUGACACUGACUCAAGUGAACGGCCAGAGGAAAUACGGAGGACCACCUGAGGCGUGGGACGGCCCCGCCCCAGGAGCGCACUGUGAGGUCUUCAUCAGCCAGAUCCCACGGGACGUCUACGAGGACCUGCUGAUCCCCCUGUUCAGCUCUGUGGGCCCGCUCUGGGAGUUCAGGCUCAUGAUGAACUUCAGCGGACAGAAUCGCGGCUUUGCAUACGCCAAAUACAGCUCGCCGGGUGUAGCCGCUGACACCAUCCGCCUCCUGCACGGCCACGUGCUGGGGCCCGGCCUCCGCCUCAGCGUCCGCCGCAGUAUAGAGAAGAGGCACCUCUGCAUCUCAGACCUGCCCGCCACCACCAGGCUGGAGGACCUACUGCGGGUCCUGCGUGUGCUGGUGCAGGGGGUGGAGGGAGUGUCUCUGAGUGCUGGGCCUGGUGCAGAGGGGGUGUCGGCCAUAGUGACCUUUUCAUCGCACCAGGCUGCUUCCAUGGCCAAGAGGACGCUGGUGGAAGCGUUCAAGAAUCAGUUUGCGCUGACUGUCUCCGUCAAGUGGCAGUCAACAGUGAAGCUGGGCCCGGACAGGACUCUGCCUCCGAGGAACCCGUCAAAGAGCCUCCUGGCGCCCCCCAUGAAGCCGCCGUGCCACAUCCUGACUUCUCCGCGGUCCUGCUCAGUCCUGCCUCUCCACCUGGCCCGCCAUUCGUCCGUCCCCCCGGGUUUCUGCAGAGCGGUGGUAGGACCCACUUUGCCCCCGCACCCUCACCCUUCCUGCUCCUACACAUUCUCCUCCCCGUCCCAGGGGCUGCUGCAGUCCGCACCAUCCUCAGCCAUGCCUUUGCUCAAGGUGUUGGAGGUGACCGGGGUUGGCCAGCCACUCUGUAGUAGGCCUCUUCCUACUACCACUGGAUUGCUGUGAUAGUGAAAAAAAAAUGAUUCUGGAUGAAGUUCUGCAGCUAAGUGGAUUUCUGGAGGUUUAUUCUGGGUCUCAUGUGUUUCAUGUCUGUGCGUUCACAUCUGACUGAGUUAUGACUCUGAGAAAGAGGACCGUUUUUGCAGUUGUCAGAUAUUGAGUGUUCUGCGACCCAAGUACCUUCAUGUCCUCCUCGGGCUGAGUUUUUUUGGGGGGGGGUUGUUAAAUUCUCUAAAAUAAAGACUUCCAAAUUCAAA